AUGAGUCCCAGUCUUCUAGAUCUAGAGACGCAACUAGCGUUCUACAAAGCUUAUCAUAACAAUACUGGGAAUGUGUUAAUUCAUAGCAUUUUUGUCCCAACGAUUCUCUUUACAUCCAUGCGUAUAUUGAACGACGUUAAGAUCUGGAAUGGCUAUACCUUGACUCAUUUGUUAGCGUUGUCAUUUGGGUUGUUCUAUAUACUGUUACGAGUAGGUACCGGAAUCCUUGCGUCGUUGAUAUUGGCACUGACGUGCAAAUUUUUGAACGACGGGACUAUUAAGAUGACACAGACCACUGCCUGGAUAUUAUUUGUGAUCAGUUGGAUCUUCCAGUUCAUUGGCCACGGUGUUUUCGAGAAGCGCAAACCUGCGCUUCUCGAUAACUUGGUGCAAAGUCUUGUGCUAGCGCCAUACUUCAUCCUUUACGAAUUACUAUUUAUUUUAGGGUUCAUGCCUGAACUUAAGAAGAAUCUACAAGCUCGUGUUGACAAAGAGCUAGAUCGUAUGAGAGCGAGUAAAUAA